UCACGCACCUCCAGGAAAUGGAGGAGCUGUGAUGAUGAGUGUGUCGCUGCAGACAGCAGCAGGACUGGGAGGGGUAACGAGUGGCGAGCAGCAGCAGCAGCAGCAGCAGCAGCUACAGGCGUCAGCGGUAACUUUCAGCACUUGAAGAAAAAGCUCUCGUGCAUCAACAGGUGAAGAUGAGCGACGGGUCUCAGCCCAGAGUUGAACUUUUUGUGAAGGCGGGGAGCGAUGGUCAGAGCAUCGGCAACUGUCCCUUCUCUCAGCGUCUCUUCAUGGUGCUGUGGUUGAAAGGAGUCACCUUCGACGUUACCACAGUGGAUAUGAAGAGGAAGCCAGACAUUUUGAAGGACCUCGCUCCCGGUGCCCAGCCUCCCUUCCUGUUGUACGGCAGCGAGGUGAAAACCGACACCAACAAGAUUGAAGAGUUCCUGGAGGAAAAUCUCUCCCCUCCAAAGUAUCCCCGUCUGGCUGCUCGUAACCCCGAGUCCAACACGGCUGGCAUGGAUGUCUUCUCCAAGUUCUCCGCUUACGUCAAGAACUCAAAUCCUCAGACCAAUGAAAAUCUAGAGAAAGGCCUUCUGAAGGCUCUGAAGAAGCUUGAUGACUACCUCGGCUCCCCACUUCCUGAUGAGAUCGACGAGAAUAGCGCUGAUGAUGUCACUUCCUCGUCCCGCCCCUUCCUGGACGGCCAGGCUCUUACUCUGGCUGACUGCAACUUGCUGCCUAAGCUCCACAUUGUGAAGGUUGUGUGUUUAAAAUACCGAAACUUCAGCAUCCCUCAGUCUCUGAGCAACCUCUGGAGGUAUAUGAACGCUGCGUACGCCCGGGAGGAGUUCGCCUCCACCUGCCCGAUCGACGAGGAGAUCCACAUCGCCUACUCCUCUGUAGCUAAAGCUCUCAAGUAGGAGAAGAAUGGGGGUUGCAAUUCAUGAAAAAAAAAAAACACCGUUAGAACAACUUAAAGAAAAAAAAAGCACACAAACAAACAAAAAAAAAAUACAUGUACUCACCUUCACACACUCAAGUUGAUAUCACCUUUCAUAAUGCGACUCAAUACAGCUGGUUUACAUCGCCAAACUAUACUCCAAGGUUUGUUUUCUAGAUGUUUAUUCAUGAACAGUGGUUUUUUUGCCAGGUAGAUCAGUUCACGUCAUUAGGAAAAAGAAGGAUGAGGCAGAUAAGCUGUAGGUAGUAACACAUGCACAAAAAAAUGUCAGCUGUGGCUAAAUUUAUUUCACUGACAAGUUUGUUGACUGCCCACAUAUCUUCUAGGUUUUCCUGGAUUUACAGCUCUCGAGGAAAUUAAUGAACUUGUGGAUGUUUUGUGUACACUCACACACUCCUAAAAUUACAGCCUCGCUCGUGUACAGUUUCACCAUCAGUAAACACGCACUGUAACGUUGGAAAUGUUUCUUUAGCUUAGCUGAAGUUCCCUUCUUGAUGACAGUCACUAAAGUGUGUCCUUAAUUUUUUUUUUUGGAGAUUCAACAGACACGAAGCUGCCUAUCAGAUCAAGCCUCACACAAGCUGAUUCAUCUCUUUAUUUUCAGUCAUGGUAUUAAGGAUUUUUUUUUUUUUUUUUCGGUGACAAACAUUCAUACCAGCACCAGCUCACCUGCCAAAAUGUCUUCAUAUUGACUUUAUUAUUCUGCUACUGAGGGAACAAGGCCUUUUUACAGUUGCAUUUUUAUUAGAGUCAACUUGAAUUUAAAUGUUCUUCAUAGUGCACCUCAGGGAGGAAAAAGGGGGUGCUUUUUGUCGGCCUGCAGACCAGUUCUCACUUUAAGGAGGCAGGGCUCAAAACAGUUACAGAGACAGGAAACUAUUUCAAUAGACUCGGGCUUCCCCUUUCUGUGCUCCCAUAGCAGGCGUGAAGGAUUAUUCAAGAUUACUGAGCUUGUUAUGAUCCGCUGUAAAGUCCUCUUGCCAACGGUUUAUUUUGUUCUGCCUGUCAUUUAUGAAGGACCUUUUUUUUUGUGUGUGUGUCUUAUAAAAGACGUGAGAUUAGACUGAGUGUUAUUGACGUUAGUGUGGAUGAAGGAGUGAAGGCUACACUGAAAGGCCUGCUCCUCCAGCAGCCCCGGGGCACAAGGCCUGUUCUGUCAUGUGUUUCUCUUCCUUUCUGAGAGGGGAAAAAAAAAAUAGCAGGAAGUUGAAUAUAAGCACACACACAAUGUUAAAAUUAAAGUAUAGCCAUGGUAGCUUUAGCUUGUAGGAUGUUAUUAAUUACAGGAUAAGGCUAGCAUUACUCUAUAUUUUUAUAUAGUGUCAACAAAUCACAUGAAAAGACCAAAACAAUGUGUAAACAAUGGGUUAAAAAUAUAUAGUUUCAUCUUUAUAAAAAGCAAAGUACUUUCAUAACACAGCUGGGCACUGUAGUUUUUAGCAAGAAUCAUUCAAACAGGAGAAAGUUAUGGAUCUGAUGGGGACUAUUUUCAGCUGCGGAUGAACAUACAUAUUCAUGUUCCCCCUCAGGAUGAAUUGCAAUAACUUUGGUGAUCCCUUAAAGCUACAAUAUGCAAGUUUUGGAAAUCAAGUUAUAUUUCCGGGGGACUGGAAGUAAUGGAGUUCUUAAUUACAGUUACUGGGAGCUUACUAGCCUCUGAGUAAACCAUGGCGAAGUCUUCCAGCAGCUAACACUAGCUUGGCGCCUCAGUACAAGAGGACUAGUGGGCCAGAAGUGCGUUCACGUGUUGAUUGACAGCUGUGAGCUCCCGUCCCUGACUUUGACCUCAUCUGAUUGGUUACUGGUUGUACUUUUAGACCGUAUUUCAACCAAAAAUAUAAGAAAAAAACUUACAUACUGUAGCUUUGAGUCUUCAAAAAGCGUCAUUAUUGGGUCAAAACUUGUCUUUUACUUAUUUUUAUGACCAAAAUCUAAGGUCAUUUCCGUUAGCCUCAACAGUACUUUGGUUUAGUGAUAAUUAGCAAAUGUUAGCAUGCUAAGAUGUUACUGAACAACAAUGUAAUAAGCUAUAUGAGGCAGAUAGACAACACUCAUUGUCGGUUUUAGUCUUUUCAUGGGAUUUUUUGACAAUAAGAAAAAUAUAGAAUAUCACUAGACUUUAUCCUUCAUGUAAAGCCUUGUAUACUUGGUCAUUGCAGGUUGAUGAUACAUUGUCAUGUGUUUCCAGCAGAUCUAAUCCACUGUGGGAGCUUUGCUAGACUUGAAAUAGAAGCGCUGGAAAGAACUGGAACUAAUAGCAAUACGCCUUGUCCAACUGUAGUAGCAGUUUGUGUGGAGGAUUUUAUAAACUGCAAGGCAAUUAAGACUUAAUUUAGAGGUAAACAUCUUUGUUGGGAGCCCAAGAUAACCUCAUGUGUCAUGUCUUUCAUAUCAAUAUGAAGCUCAUAGAAAGAAAAAAAAAGAAAGAAACCUAAGUGCAAUUUAAUCGGAUUGAAAAGACAAUCUUGUUCACAGUGUUUAAUUAUAUUAUAUACGUCCAGUAUGAGCACUGUUGGUUAUUUUUCUACGGAAGUUUAAUCACGCAAGUUAAUCCCUCCUUUCUGAACUGCUAGCUGUAACACAAGUGUUGAUCAAAGAGAUGAUAUAUUUUACUUGACUGAAUUGUUGUGGAUUUCAUCUAUUUUCUAAAAUGGACCGAUUGUUUUUUUGUUUUGUUUUUUAAAGGGAGCGUGUCUAAUUAAUGUCAGUGCUGAUAUAUCCGAGUGUUUUUCUUUUCUUACUGUAGGAUUUGAUACAAUUUCAGGGACCAUUUAACGUACUUGUUACAUUCAUUAAAAUGUUAACUUUUAUUUGAAUAGUUUGUUUCUCACCUCACUGUUUUUAACUCUGUUUUAUCUUCAUGCAAUGUGUUUUAUUUGUUAUGAGACCUAUAUUGUGCUUUUCACUUUGUUUCAUACGCCUAUGCAUUUCCUUCCAAAUAUUUUAGCCUUUUUUUUUCUUUUUUUUUUGUCUUUUUUUGUGCUUUCUGCCAUGUAGUCACAAGCAGUUGCACUUAAAAGUCCACAGGAUGAAAACCGUGGUGUGGACACUAAACCAGUAGAUUAAAUCAACAAUGAUGACAAUCAAACUAACAGCACGGCCUGGAAAUUUCCAUUAUGUAUUUUGUACUAUAAAAAAAUCUUAAAAAGACACAUUCAUUUAUUAAUAACCCAAUAAAACAAUCUUAAUAAUAA